AUGGAAGGGACUUUAGAAAUACACGAGCAAGGAGAGAUACUGAGCACAAAGAAAGGUAUUCCUGCCUCCUCCUUUCUAAGAUUGGACCAUUCUCUCUUCACAGGGGUUUCUAACAAGCCCACCCUGUCUGCUUGGCCCAGUUCUCUCGUUCCCAUUGGAGAGUGUGUGACUAUCAAGUGUCAGUCCCAACUUGGGUUUGAAGUGUUCCGUUUAUUCAAAGAAAAUGAAGACCACAUCCUGGAGUUCCAAGACAUCAUAUUCCAACACAGCUUUGACAUAAACCCCAUGACCACGGCACAUGCGGGGACCUACAGAUGUCAGGGCUUUGAACCUAACCUCCCGAAUAAAUUUUCAGAAAUCAGUGAGCCCUUGGUAAUCAUAGUUACAGGACUCUACAGAAAGCCUUCCCUCUUGGCCCUACCAGCUCCUCCAGUAAAAUCAGGAGCGAUGAUGACAUUAAAAUGCUGUUCAGAAGCCAAGUUUGAGACCUUCAUUCUGGUUGUGAACAGAAAGGAUGUAAAUGAAAGUCAAAUGUAUCUUGAUGGAAAGCCUUAUGCUGGAGGCUCUCAAGCCAACACCUCUCUAUCUCCUGUGACUUCAGCACAUGCUGGGACCUACAGGUGUUACAGUUCUUCUAGUCAACAUUCCUAUGUGUGGUCAGACCCAAGUGACCCACUGGACAUGGUUGUCACAGGGUCACUUCCAAACCCUGUUCUCAGGGCUGAGCCAGGAUCUGUGGUUGCCAAUGGAUCUCAGGUGACCAUUAUAUGUGAAGGAACCCCAGGUGCUUGGGAUUACUAUCUUUAUCAAAUUGGAAAACAAGGUUCUUUGCAGAGAUUAACCCCGAUGAAGCCUGGAAACAUAGCCAAGUUCCUCAUCCCAAUUAUUCAAUGGUCCCAUGCCGGGCGAUAUCUCUGUUUCUAUUACAAGCCUCCUAGACGGUCAAAGAAGAGUAAUACUCUGGAGUUGGUGGUGACAGGGUACUUACUCCCCAAACCCAUGCUAUCAUCCCUGACAAGCCUUGUGGUUACUUCAGGAGAGAUCAUGACCUUCCAGUGUGCCUCAUGGGAGAGAUACAAUGGUUUUGUUCUGACCAAGGAAGAUGAGAAGUUCUCCAGGCUCCAGGACUCACAGUAUAUAAACUCUACCAAACAAUUCCAGGCUCUUUUCCACACAGGUCCUGUGACAGUCAGUCAUACAGGAAUAUUUAGAUGUUACGGCUACAAAAAUAGUACCUAUAUGUGGUCUAAUCCCAGUGACUCCUUGGAAAUACACAUCGCAGGACAGCUUCAUGACACACCUACCCUGUCAGUGCUCCCAGGUUCCAGAAUGUCCUCUGGAGAGGAUGUGACCCUGGUGUGUCAAUCAUCGCAUCGAAGGGGUAGUUUUGUUCUGUCUAAAGAGGGGACUGCCCACUCACUUCUGUAUUUAAGAUCAGUGCUGCAAGAUAAGCUAUACCAGGCAAAAUUCUUCAUGAGGAAUGUGACCUUUACCCAUGGGGGCACCUACAAGUGCUAUAGUUCUGAAGACUUAUUACCCUACAUGCUGUCGUACCCCAGUAAUGCUGUGGAGCUUGUGGUUUCGGGGUCCUCUGAAGACCCUGACUCCUUAUCCGAAGAGCCCAUUCCAACAUUUGCCCGGAGAGAGACCACAAGUGUACAACUUCUUGCAGAGGCUGUGGAGCCAGUGACUAUGGACAGAGGUCCUCAGAAGAGGUAA